CUGUUUCGUUGUAGAAACUAGAAGAACAUCCCCGAAUCAGAAAACCGCCGUUCCUUCCGGCCAAAAACCACCGAAGUCGCCGCCGUGUUGCCGCCGCUGCUCAACUGCUCUCUGAUAGUGUUCCCCAUGGAGCCGCAGCAGAAACAGUCUACUCCGUCGCUUGAAGACUGCUUGAAGCUGUUGAAGGGAGAGAGAGACGAGCAACGCCUGGCUGGUCUUCUUCUCGUCACGAAAUUCUGCGACAAGGACGACCACGCUUCCAUUCGCAGGGUCUACGAUGCGGUCGGUGUUCAGUUCCUCAACCGCCUCUUGAAAACCGGGAUGGGAAACGGAGGUGUGAGUGGGAGUGGUGGUGAAAAUCGGGAGGCAUACUUACAAUUGUCGAUUACGGUUCUUGCUGCAUUUUGUCGGGUUCCCGAGAUAGCUUCAUCUGAAGAUAUGGUUUCUAAGAUUCCUCUCAUAUUGGAGAUCAUGUCGAAAGAGCCAUCUGUCCUUGAAGAAUGCUAUGAAUUUUUGUUCUUGGUAUCGGAUGCUCAUAAAGAUGGAGUUUCAAGAUUGAUUGAAUGUGGGGGCUUGACCGUGCUAGCUUCUCAGAUGUCUAAUAUUCCAGAUGGUUCUCAGUCAGUAGAGUUUUCAUUGAGGCUUGUUCAGUUGCUGAUUACUACCCUGUCCCUGGACACCAUUAGCAAUGAAUAUCCGUCAGAGCUGUCAAUGAUGGUUGCAGCAAUUUCAAAGCAAUUUGCUGUAUUGCACGAUGCAUUGAAAUUUGAAGCACUCCACCUACUAUCUGCCAUCAUGUCCUCAAAACAUUCUGCACCAUUGCAUGAGGCUCUCCGCUCAAUGAAUCAUGACAUUUGGUCAACUUUUAUACGUGUGGGUGUUGUGGCAAUAUUGCAGAAUCGUGUCGCACCUGCUGAAAAGAUUCAGGCUCUUAUUUUGGUAGAGUCCGUAAUAUCGAUAGUCGGUGAGGGGUGGCUCAUUGGUCAGAUGAACUUGGCUAGUUCAGAGCUCCCUGUUCCAGCAGACAGGUGUAUGUUGCUCGUGUUGGAGUCAUCAAGAGUCGAAGUUGCUGUUCUUCUUGAUGAGCUCGCCUACUUGAAGUAUGAAGCUUCCAAGAAUUCUUCAUCCAACUCGGAGUCAGGUCUUUUAAAGCAGCGGAACCUUGCUGUUGUCUUUUCUUUGGUAGAGAGGAUAAUCAAAUUGAUUUCAAACAUAGGUGGAGAUGAAGGUAGUGGUAUUAGUGAGAGCACUAUCAUGAAGGUAAUCUCUGGGCUCAAUGAAACGAUUGGCGUGGUUCUAGAGUACUUACAAGAUGCAAAGGAUCAUGGACAAACAAAAGGAGAUGAUCUUCUCGCUUCAGUGCGCAUUGUGGGGAGCUAUCUUGCAGAAACACCUCUUGCUUGCGAAGAAAAGGUUAGGGAACUUUUAGGGUUUAUGCUCUCAAUCAAAGGCGAAGACGAGUCAAGCCCCUUUUACGCUGUAUGUUUUCUGCUUCCAAUGCUUUGUCAAACAACAAUGGAGGAUUAUGGAUGUAAAGUUCUUGUUUCUUCAGGAGCUUAUAAAGCUGUUGUGGAGUGCUUGAUUAAAUUGGUUGGUCCAGAUGGCAGCCUGAUUCAUGAUAAUGGUUCUAUAUUCUUGGCUUGUGAUACAGUUGUGAAUCUUCUUUUGAAGAGAGAUCAAAUUCAAGUUCCGUUAGAUGAAGCUUGUUUUGUUCAUCUUUUAGGAGCAUUGGCAUAUUGGACAGGUGAUACUGAUGACCUUUCGGCAAUAAUGAUGGCUUCAACCAUUUGUGCUCUAAUAUUUGACUCAACUUCCGAGGAGGCUCUUCUGCAACAUCCGAGCUUUGACGAAAGACUCCUUAAUAGUCUUUCUCAGCUCAUUGCGAGAAGUUUGGCUAUAAGUGGGAAGGAAAUUUUGGAUGAGGCUAAAGCAGAAGUGGAUCUUCACCAGAUUGUUUCCUCAGCAGCAGUCGAAAAACUAUACCAUUUCUAAUUUGGGUGCAGGAUAUUCUCGUUGGGCUGAUCGAUUUCCCCAUAUUAGAGAGGCUGUUGAGAGAUAACAAAAGGGCACUCUCCCACAUAAUUCCCUGCCCAUUGAUCCAUGAUCAAGUAUUCGAUGGAGAUGUGGUUCUUCUGGGGUUUGAGUCUAUGGAGGGACGUCUAACCGCUCUGGUUAACCCACUAAUUCCCCCCACCCCCACUGAUGUAUAAAAAGUACUCAAUGGAAAUUCUCAAAUCCAUUUCUACUAGAAUCUGUAAAAGCAUCUCCUUUCCGAGAAAAUUCACAGAUUUUCUACUUUGACGGAUGCCAUUGUGAUCAUCUUGCGGAUGAGGGUUGAGAAGAAGAUAUGAAUCAUGCCUCCAAUUUAUGUAGUAAACAUCUCUAUCUGUUUGUGUAGUGUGGUUUAUAAUGUGACAUUGCUUCCAAGACUAUUUAUCUGUGAAACCCUUGUCCCAUGUACAAAUACUUGGUGGAAUAUAUGGCGAGAGUCAUUGAACCAA